GAGGGGUCCUUUCUAGGACGGGUCUACGCCCCGGUCCCUGUAGGUCUUGGCACUCGGGACCGAACCUCGGCGGGAGUGAGAUCCCCCACGGAAGCGGACUGAGGUUUCAAAAUGACUUCCAUCUUGACUUCCACUUUAAAAAACCUUCCCAAUACAUCAAAAUGGGCCCUCAGAUUUUCUGUAAGACCUUUAAGCUGUUCCUCCCAGCUAUUAGCUGCCUCAGCUGCCCAGCCCAAAUCAAAGAAGACCUUAGCCAAACCCAAUAUGAGGAAUAUCGUGGUGGUGGAUGGUGUUCGCAUUCCAUUUUUGCUGUCAGGCACUUCAUAUAAAGACCUGAUGCCACAUGAUUUGGCUAGAGCAGCACUUUUGGGUUUAUUGCAACGGACCAAUGUCCCAAAAGAAGUUGUUGAUUAUAUCAUCUUUGGCACAGUUAUUCAGGAAGUGAAAACAAGCAAUGUGGCUAGAGAGGCUGCCCUUGGAGCUGGCUUUUCUGACAAGACUCCUGCUCACACUGUCACCAUGGCUUGCAUCUCUUCAAACCAAGCCAUGACCACAGCUGUUGGCCUGAUUGCUUCCGGACAGUCUGAUGUGGUCGUGGCUGGUGGUGUUGAGUUAAUGUCCGACGUCCCUAUUCGUCAUUCAAGGAAAAUGAGGAAAAUGAUGCUUGAUCUUAAUAAGGCCAAGACAAUGGGCCAGCGACUGUCUUUGCUCUCUAAAUUCAGAUUGAAUUUCCUAUCACCUGAGCUGCCUGCAGUGGCUGAAUUCUCGACCAGUGAGACCAUGGGCCAUUCUGCAGACCGACUGGCUGCCGCCUUUGCUGUUUCUCGACUGGAACAAGAUGAAUAUGCCCUGCGCUCUCACAGUCUUGCCAAGAAGGCACAGGAUGAAGGACUCUUGUCUGAUGUUGUUCCCUUCAAAGUACCAGGAAAAGAUACAGUUACCAAAGACAAUGGCAUCCGUCCUUCCUCACUGGAACAGUUGGCCAAACUGAAACCUGCAUUCAUCAAGCCCUAUGGCACAGUGACAGCUGCAAAUUCAUCUUUCCUGACUGAUGGCGCUUCCGCAACGCUGAUUAUGGCAGAGGACAAAGCUCUGGCCAUGGGUUAUAAACCAAAGGCAUAUUUAAGAGAUUUUGUGUAUGUGUCCCAGGAUCCAAAAGAUCAGCUUUUACUGGGACCAACAUAUGCAACACCGAAAGUUCUAGAAAAGGCAGGAUUAACCAUGARUGACAUUGAUGUUUUUGAAUUUCAUGAAGCUUUCUCAGGUCAGAUUUUGGCCAAUUUUAAAGCCAUGGAUUCUGACUGGUUUGCACAAAACUACAUGGGUAGGAAAACCAAGGUUGGAUUGCUUCCUUUGGAGAAGUUUAAUAUCUGGGGUGGAUCACUGUCCCUGGGACACCCAUUUGGAGCCACUGGCUGUCGGUUGGUCAUGGCAGCUGCCAACAGAUUACGGAAGGAUGGAGGCCAAUAUGGCUUAGUGGCUGCCUGUGCAGCUGGAGGGCAGGGCCAUGCUAUGAUAGUGGAAGCUUAUCCAAAGUGAUGGAUCCUGAGGAGGAGACCUGACUUCUGUGCAGCACUUGCACUGGGCAAUGCCAUUUCAAUGCAUUACUAAGUGACACCUGUAGUUCCUAGUUCCUCUUAGGAAAACAUCUGUGGCCUUCUGUUAAGUACUUUGCUAUUAAGCCUUGCCAACGUUCUGACGUUUUUCAAUAAUCAUAGCUUACUGCUCUUUCAGGGAUUUCUGAGUUACCCCAAUAUUACACAAAUACAUUUAAACAGUUGUUUUUGAAUCUCUGUUGUCAUUAAAGACUAAAGUAGUGGUUACAAUUUGUGAAAGAGGUUAGCUAAGAUUUGGAAUCAUCUGUGUAACAUUUGCAAAUUAUACUUCUUCCUAUCUGUGUCCUAAAGAUAAGUAUUUUCUCUAAAAUACAAACCAAUGUGCCUCAAUUAACUAAUUAUGGAAAAUAGUUCAUUAUCUAAAUAUAGCUAAAAAAACUUUGAAAGUAAAUGUUGAGAUAUAUAAAUACCAUGUUGGUCAACCUCAAUAAAAUAGAGAAGUAUUGGAGAA